AUGCCAGUUGAUGACAGCUCACUGUCGCCAGAGCUAAGCAAAGAAACAGCCCAUGGAGAUCCCUCACACAGUGAAGCGACAGAACUGAUCCAAAACUUUUUCGAAUAUCUCUAUGCAGUUCCUUCUUAUGCAUUUUUGCAUCCUUCUACAACCUUGGCGAAAUGCAAUAAAGGCACAUUAGAGCGACCGCUCGUUCUUGCUAUUUGUGCCAUGACAUCCUUGCACAUGCCUGUACAAAACGUCACCGUCGAUCGGGAGAAGAGUGCUGCAUGGGUCUCGGAUGCGGAAGAGACUAUCUGGAAACGCCUGGAGAAUCCAUCAAUGUCUCGUUUGCAAGCUCUAUUGCUGACCAUCAGCUAUCGAAUGGCAACAGGGAGCUAUGAAAAGGCAUUCAUGUUGACCGCUAUCGCUGCCCGCGCGGCAUCUGCCAUGGGUCUUAAUCAUGAGCAAACCCACUUGGACCCGAUUUUGGAGGAGACUAGGCGCCGCACCGUAUGGUGCUUCAAGUUGAUAGAGUCAUAUUUUUCUAUCGGGUUGACAGAAUUUGAAGUCUGCCCCUUUGAGUGCAUUUAUUUACACCCUCCAUCAUUGGAAGACUCCUUUGGUUUGGUAUGUCCGCCUGGCUCUGAAGGGUUUUCCGUCUAUGCAUUGAGAGAUCCGAAUGAAUUGGGAACGUUGAAUAUGUGUAUUCGUUUGGCCUCUAUUCGCAGGGAUAUUAUGAAGUUGACCCGGGAGCUCGCUGUCUGCAGCGAGCCUUACUUGCAUCUCAAAGAUGUGACUGGAGGCCUUGAGGAGAUCCUCUGUGAACUUAAAAUAGAAAUGCCAAACCAAGGAGAAAUCUCGACCACGGGGCUGAAGAAUUUGAUUGAAAGUUCUUGGCUCCCCCGUCACAUUAUGAUGUUUACCAUGUGGCAUGGGUGCUACUUUGACCUCUAUCGGAUUUUCCUUCCUGGGUACCCCGAGGCUCCGCCAUCUGUUGUAUUGAGUACCAUUGACGCACAGUUUGUUCAAAUGGCGGCCAGAGUCUGUAUUGAACAUGCAUUGGCAGUCGUCAAUUUGUUCUGUGACUUGAACCACACCUGUACCAAGCCGCGAUUGCUUGAAUUUGCUACCGGGGUGUGCGUUUAUCACGCCAUUCGGUUGAUUUUGUUUAUCGCUCAUUCAUCCACUGAGCCAGAUCUUCUCAGCCUUGAAUUUGCAGUGAGUCGGGCAGAGUUAUGCUUGGCAGCUAUCAAGCGGUUUUACCAUGGGCUAGCCUUGGCACAGCCAAUCCUCGACGAUAUUGCGCAAUUGAUCGAAACAUUUUCGUCAAGCAGUUCCGCAACAGAGAGCCUUUCCGUAUUCCACAAAGUUAAUCACGGUCGAAAGUCCGACACACGGAUUUUAUCUGCCGCGCGACCUCGGCAACACUUAGCGGUUCACAGCGUCUUACAACAGGCCAAAUUCCUCACAGAGGAGCCUCUCUCAUGA